UGAUCGCAGAAACAAGUUUUUCAGUUUCUUGUAAAUUUUAUCAAUAAUAAGCACAGUAAAAUGUCACUUUGAAAUAAUUCUUUGAUAGAUAUAUUCAUAAAUUCAAUGCACAGUUCACGGCUGCUGACUGGGAAAAUGUCUGAACUGAUUUCUCAAAAUCGAACAUGUUGAGGCAAGCUCGGUUCGUGUGGUCAAAAUCUUUUGCACAGAGCUGAAUUCCAAUUUAGAUAAUGGAGGGAGUGGAUGAUCCAGCUCAUACUUGUGGUAUAUGCAAAGUGACAUAUGCAACAGACAUAGAAUUAGAAGACCACAACUGGUCGUUGAUGCACCACAUUAAAAUUGAAAAGAUAAAAAAGGGUGCCCCACACAGUUGUAACCUGUGCAUGGAAUCAUGUGCAAAUAUCAUAGAAUAUGGAAAACACCUUAAUGAGGAUCGUCAUAAACUUGCCCUCAGCAGGAAAGCCAAGGAAGGGACAGAGCUCCUGGAUUCUUUUGCAUCGCAAAGUGGUCUGAUGUCAAAAGACAGAGCCAUGUCUCCAGAGUUAGAAAGGACAAUGAAUGGCCCAGCCUUUCUAGAACAAAUGGAAAAUGAGCUUCAAAGUCAGAGACAUCCCAGCUUUCAUAGACACAGAGGUCAAGGACCUUUGGUCAAUAAGCAUUCUAGAUCAUUUUCUCAACCAGACCUAUUUGCAGAAAAACCUCCAUACUUGUUGGACAUUAAUCCAUUUGAACCAGUUAAGGGACAAAACAUUGAUAAAUGGAGUCAGUGGAUACAACCUGACCCACCUUUCAAUAAUAAUCGCUGGGUCCAACCAGACAAUGAACAGUUAGCAGAGUUUAAAGUGCCACAUGGCCGACCAGGUCAUACCAGAACACACAGUGAUAUGAGACAAGGUUAUCCUAUUCUAUUUAGUGAGUUAAAACACAAACAGAAAAAUGUAAAGGAAGACCAGUUCUUUAAUGAUGAUUUUCAGGAUAUUAAUUGGAACGAUAAUACAUUUUACAAUGAAAUGCAUACAGAUUUUGGAAAUGAUCCUUUCCACUGGCAGAGAAAUGAUGGUGGGCAAAUUGGCAGGAAUGGAAGGGGGAGAAGAGGAAGUUUCGAUAGUAAUAGUUACAGAAAUAAUCAGCAUUUUAGAAAUGAAGGGAGACAGGAUAUAUUUGAAGCUGACAGUGUUCGCGAAAGAGGGAGAAAGAGUACACGGAAGAACAGAGGAGCUGGACGUGCUCACUCGUACGAUAAUAAUUCACCAGAAAGCACUUCAUCAUCAGAUUCUGGAUUGAAAAGAAGACUUGAAACAGAUGAUAGUUUUGCACCAGGUAAAUCCAGACGUAGGUAUGGACCAGACACAGACUUUCCGUCCACUAGCUCUAUUUACAGGUCUGACACUUCGAACAGACUAGUAGAUGAUAAAGCUAACCAGAGACAAAGAAGUCGAAGUGCCAGCAGAGACCGGUACAGGGAUAUUGAUUUAGAUAGACCAUCGUCAAGAAAUUCUGACAAAAAAGUAUCUUGGUCUGAUCAACAACAAGUGUCGUCAACAACAGAAGCUGUUGCAAGAAGCCCAAAAAGUAAAAGAAAGUCAGGAAAAGGAAAUAAAAACACUAGAUCUAAAAGUCCUAUGUUACCAGAUUCUUCUUCUGAAACAGAGCUUAGCAAAACUUCAAAAACAUCGGAAAAAGGUAAAAAGAAAUCUUCAGGAAAUGUGAAAAGUAAAACAUCACCACGGCAGCAAAGGAAAACUAAUGUAGCUGGUGACAGUACUGAAUCUGUACUAGAAAAGGCAGAAAAAUUGUGUAAGAAAUUAAGAAAUGAAAGAGAAAAAGCCAAGCAAAAGAAACAUGUUGAUGAGAAGAAAAAGAAAUUUGAGAAAGAAAAAGAGCUCAAUGAUAAGAUUGAGACACUUUCAGAAAAGAAUAAGGCAAAGAUAACAGGGGUGCUUGAUGCUGAAAUGAUUGGUAUUGCAAGUAAAGAACUGCCAUCAAAGGAUUUUUUCAAAUUGGAUGGAACUGAGGAUUAUUCUUUAAAGUCUGAUUUGUCAAGUUCUGGUAGAAAGACUGUUGAACCUUUUAAUGCCACUGAGUCAGAUAAAACCCAGCUCAUUCCUGAAAGACUUGUAGAUGUUUCUAAAGUUUCUUCAAGUGCACCUCUGCGUGACUCAGUGAAAAAUGACAGUACAUCAAAGAAUAUUACAGAAAGAAUUGCACAAACAAAGGCAGACAUUGAUACUAUAAGGGCUAAAAUUGAAUCCAGUGUAAAAUCUAAUUUUGGUCCAGGAAUUAAAGCUUCAGAGUCACCUCUUUCUCCUUCACGGCAGCCUCAUAGUCAGACUGAGUCUAGCUCUUCGCAUGGAAGGUACAUGCAGCCAUCAGACAGAACUAGUCUCCUGAAAAUGGUCAAUUCCCCCAGAACAACUAAAGAACGUAAUCAGCUUGCACAAAUGCUAAGGGAGCAUGCUAAAUCCCAAAAGAAAUUGUCCUUGCCAAGAUUCAACCUAAAAUUCUCUGAUCUGUGCUCAAACAGUGACCGACAAGACGAACAAGUGAACAUUGAUACCCUGGCACCUAGUGUGCAGCUGGAGAUAGCAAACAUCAUUGAAGCAGAUGUUAAACCUGAUAUUGUAGAACUUGAAAAACUUUUAGAUUUAGCUAGUGCAGGAAAUGAAGAACUUGAUAUGAAUAUCCUUAGUCAUUUGGGGGUAUCUUCUCCUUCAGUGGGAAGAGUUUCGAGUCCAAGUCAUACACAACUAACUAGUGCAAAUACUGGUUUAGAGGGUCUUAUAGGCAUCGAAAGCAUAUACCAUGAAAGAGUAAGCUCAUCUCCCUCUCAGAAGUCUGCUGAUAGAAGAGGAUAUUUGCAUGAACAACAAUCAAGGGAAAGAAGUAGAUCACCUAUUCCACAGUUGAUAACAAGGGAGAAUUUCUCAAAGACUUUGCAUGAAAGUACUGAAACAGGUGGUGACAGUUAUAGACAUGGCAGAGCAGAUAGAGAAAAGAAAGCUUCAGCUGAAAGAGAAUUUACUUCAAGAGACAAAUCAGGCAUGGGAGAAACAUUAAGUAUAGAUGAUCUUACAGUAAGCAGUGAGAGAGAAAAAAGACACACUAAUAAAGUUAGAAAUAUAGAACAAGGUGUUAAUCACCAGGCUGAAAGUAGAUUCGCCUCAUCUCUUCCAGUGUCGUCAACAACAGUAAGCAGUACAAGAAACUUGUCAGCAUCAGUGACCUUACCCAACUCCAGUGUAAGAAUCAAGCAGGAGAUCCCAGAUGAUGGUUAUGAACAAGCAGUCAGCAGUGCUUUAGCAAAAGCGAAAACUUUCUUCAAAAGACCUAAACCUGAUAAUGAAAUUUCAGUGACAAGAUCAGAAACUCCUACUGAGAAUAUGGAAGCUGGAGCACAAGAGGGUACAAGAAAUGAGAAUUUAGACUCAAGACACACAGAUGUGAAUUCAGGUCAAUUUUCACCUGUGAGAAAGAGUAUACAUACUCAGAACUUGUACAGAGAUGAGGAACCGCCUGUUAGAGAUUCAGAAAGAUACAAAUCACAGCAGUCGAAGAAUGAUGACAGAACCACUUUAGAGAAGGUAACAAGUAUACUGGAUGGGGUACCUGCACCACGGGUAGAUUCAGGGGCAGAUAAAUCUUCAUCAGCUACACCAACUGAAGCAGUUCCAAUAUUCACCCAGCCUAAUGAGAAGCAACUGAAUCCCAUAUCUCAGCGUCCAUUGGAUGAGUUGGUAGAACAAGAGAAGUCAUACAGAACCAAAAGACUACUGCUUUUAGAAGAGAGUAGAAGUUCCUCAGCAUGUUCCCAGACCCAACCUUACCCUCAUUUACUUAGCGGUCUCACUAGGGAACAGCUUGAUAACCCAGUCUUAGUAAAAUUCCUCAUGUCUCAGAGACAGUCUGACCUCUCAUCCGUCGGUGGGUACUCUAACGUGGAGUCAGGUUCACAACCGGAUAGCGAGAGAAAUCCUCAACGACGAGGUUCCUUGACUUCAAACAUGUCUGAACCCGGGUCAUUUCCAGCAACAAACCAGGAGAGUAAUUUGUUUAGUAAAUCUAUAGAAGCAGUAAGUGGAAGUUCGGACAUAUCAGCCGCAAUGAGUCUAAAAGCUUCAAUAGAUAAAUUAUCGGCUGAACAGAAUCAAGGUGAAAAUGAUGGAAUGAAAACAUCUAAGGAAUACGGAAGUAUUAAUUCUACAAAUUCUAUUAGUAUGCUGAAUAAACCAUUAGAAAGGGUAGGUUUUGUGACUUUAGAUGCUUUAAUGAGAGGGGAUGGGGAUAUAGGGAAACUGUUGAACAAAAGUUUAGAAUCUAUUGAAAAAGGGACUAUCCCUGAAGGAGCCUCGCCAUUACAGAAACAAGCGAGCAAUGAGUCUAAGGUCUCCUCAGAGGCUUGUAAGAGAGAAAGAAGGGAUAGCACAUUUAGUUUAGAUACUGGUAGUGACUCAGAAAAGAAGUCUGUAUCAUUAAAAUAUAUGGGGACAUUACCUGAGGGAACAAAUUAUGAGUCUCUUGUAAGACAAGUGUCUCAGGAUAACAAGAACAAACCGCUGAUGAUUACUUUAUUUAGCUCUCCGGAAGCGAUGACUCAACUUAGAAAAACCCCUGAUGCUGGAAGUACCCCAGUUUUGAAGUCACGUGAGGGACAUUCAGGAAUAGAAACUGGGUAUAAAAGUGAUGGUAGCUCAAAAACAAACAGUACUAGAACAUUAACUCAUAUGAGUGACAUGGAAUCUCAGAGUGCUAUGAGCACUUUUUCUUUAGGAGAACAAAUAAAACGAAUGUGUGAUGGAUAUAAUUCUGAACAAAGUAUGGAAGUAGAGACACCUAGAGCAGAACAUGGUGAUACUGUUUUACAAUCCACUAAAGUAAAUGGAUCAAAAGAGUCAGGCAUUCGGUCUGAAGAUUCGAAAAGUAUUAACAGUGGGAUUGGACUAAGAGAUUCUGGUGACAGGUUAAAGGAUUUAUCAUUACCUUAUAUUAGAAACAGUCCAGUUAAAGAUUGCUUUGUGAAGUUAGAAAAACUUGAGACCGAUGAAAUGGCCUUUCCAAGAUCUGUAAUAAUAGAUAAUGGUUCACCAAUUAGGAAAAGGCUGAAAUCAAAGAAAGAACGAGAUCAGAUGUCUCGUAGGAAACAAAAAGAAAGCUUCAUUCUUCAGUCAGAUACUAACUCUGAGGGUGAGAAUGAGUCACAUUCUCCUAGUAAAUUCCAUCUUCCAUCUAGACUAAGUUCCAAGUCGGAGGAGGAUCUGGUUCAAACUGGUUCAGAGGAUAGGACACCACGACCAGUUGAUACACCAGAAAUGAAAAGGUCAAGGUCACUGCUUGAUGAAGUUCAGCUUGAAACAGAAACCCCCUCAGAUUCUUGUGAAGACAAGUCACAUGCAAAUCAGAAACAAAGUGUAAUACACUAUCGAGGGCCAUCUUUGUCAGUUGCUGUGAUACAAGAGUUCAAAGGUGACCUGUACGUCUGCUACAAUGGUAGUGAGAUCAGAAGAUUUGAAUUAAAGACUGGUCGUAUAUUGAAAGAGUUAGACUGCUCCCCAUACUUAGUAAACUGCUUGCAUGUAACAAGUAUAGAAGGUAGGGGAGAUGUACUAUAUACAGGAGGUACCUGCAAAAAACUGAUGCUCUUUGAGCCACAGAAAUUUAGCUUGAUAACAACAUUUGACUAUACAGAGAGAAUCACGUGUUUCCAUGAGAAUUGGGGACGUCUGUUUGUAGGUCUGUCAGACGGUGGUAUCUCUGUCAGAAGUUUGAAGACUGACAAGGAGUUGAACUGUUUUUCGUGUACGACAAGUGUUAUAUACAGCAUUGGGAGCAGCAGCGCUGGAAUGACAAAGAUGUUGUGUUUAGCAACAGCAGAUAAAGUGAUCUACGUGCUUGAUGCUAUAACAGGACUGUUGAUCACAAUGCUUGAAGGACAUACACAAUCCCCAAGGUGCUUACAGGUGUAUGGAGAGAAUGUGGUAAGUGGAGGGGCUGACCAGGCACUGACAGUACAUUCUAUAACAACUGGUGAUCUGUAUAAAAUGACAGAUUGUGGUCAUACAGUUACACACAUCUGGUGUGAUACUUCUACUAUAUAUACAGCUGGCUGUGAUCAUAUGGUGCGGACAUUUAACUAUGAUUUGAAGACAGGUGAGGUAUUGCAGACUACAGGCAGAGGUAUAGUGACAUGUGGCAUUGUGAAAGACAAAAUGGUUAUUGUUGGGAAGCGAGAUGGAGGAGUGGAAGCACUGAUGUUAGAUAAACUCAGUAAAUUGACCUGUAAGUUUGGUACAUGUAGCCUUCAGUUUGGUGUGUUCAGCCAUUUAAAACUACAUGUGUUGUCAGAACAUGUGAGUGACAAAGCAUCACAUUGUACACACAGAGAGUGUAAUCAUAUCUUCGUGAAACAAGAUAAUAGGCGGGAACAUAUAUUAAGUCACCUGACGUAAUGAAUUUGGAGUUUGGUCGAAUUACAGCAUAGUGAAUCUCAGCAUCAUGUUUUUCUGAGAAAGACAGUUACAAAAGAUCAGAGAAGACCCUCAACAUAUUAUACACUUAUUAAAAACCAUUCAUAAGGCGUGCAAUGACGUAAUCUGAUCCAGGUGCGUAGCACGGUCGUAAAAAGUAGUUACCAUUUUUUCUAACACUGUUGAUACUAGUAUGUCGUGUUAGAAUUGAAAUAAUAAGUUCCGAAGUGUGAUUUAUCAUAGACUAACGCGAGUUUUUCAUUCUAAUGUGAAACAGUGUAUCACUUAGCCUUCGUUCUCGAGAUAUAUUCUUACGCAUAAGAACCCAAAACACGGGUUAUUCUACGAUAAACCAUGUUUGGGAACUUAUUAUUUCUUAAACAUCAGAAAUGAUUUUUUUAAUUUGUUUUUCAAGAUCUAACUUUAGCUGAGAAAAAUUUAGUGUUGAACAAACUAUGGAACGUGAUUUAUAUAAGGAGUUCUGUAAUAAAGUUACCAAUGUCUGGCAGCUAAAACAGUGGUAUCUCAUUCUUUGUGAUUUGUCAUGACAGAAUGUUACCUCAGAGGGGUCAGUGCAUUUAUUUGAGAAUGUUAUCACAUUGAGGAAAAAUAUUUUACAUCAAGUACAUUCAUUUUAUACUUAUACACAACUACACUAAGCAAACAUCUUUAUGUCACAUGUUACGCUAUCACAUGUCACUCUGUCACAUGUUGCCCUAUCACAUUUUACUGUAUCACAAACAGAAAUAUUGUCAUAUUGCAGUAUUCAUUAUUUCAAUAUAUUUCAGUAAUAGUGUAAAAAAGAGCCACUAUUUCAUAGCGCACAUUAUUGCAUAAAAAAGAUAUAACAAUACUUUGUACAUCAGAAAUACAGAAAUAUUACAUACUAAACUUCCAUGUUCAAUCUCACAUACAGAAUAUCAUAACAGUGCAAGUUCACUAUCACAGAAAUAUCAAAGUACACACAAUCUCAUGUGACAAUUCAGUGUACAUUUUCACAUAAUAGAGAACAUAUGACAAAGCAGUGUUCACUAUCACUUACAUAAAUGUCAUAACUACUUUAGUGUAUGUACAUAAAUAUAAUAACAGUACAGAAGUAUUAUAAUAAUUUGGUGUGCACCAUCACAUACAGAAUUAUCAAAAUUUACAUUGGGCACUAUCACACGUAGAAAUGCGAUUAUAAUGGGUUGCAUGCACAGUUUCUAAUUAUAUAUGAUAUAGUUAAUUGCUCUGACAUAUUUUCUUACAGUGAUAUUUUUCUGUAGACUGUAAUGUAAUCUAUAAUGGAGGUCACAAUGUUGGUAAAAAUGUUUGUCUCUGUAUUAUAAACUGGGUCAUCUGUGGUUAUAAACUAACUAGUUCACAAGGUUAAAUCAUAAAAAAAAGCUUGUAGACUUUCUAGAAGUUAUAUUUUGGCCCUGAUCUUUAUGGAACCUGGUUAGAAUGUUUGUCAGUAUGAAAUCUAGGUUCAGUUUGAAAUGAAAUCAUUUUGGGGUCUAAAACUAGGUUACUAGGUCAAAUUUUCAAAAAAUCGUUUUGACACUGUAUAGACUGUAUUUUAUAACUAUGAAACUUGGUCAGAAUAAAUGUCUAUGAAAUCUAGGUUAAGUUUGGAACUAGGUCAUCAUGGGUCAAAAUUUAGUCUAAGGUCAACCCAUAGAUAAACCUUGUUAACACUUUAGAAAAGUGUCUUGCUAAAUUUCUCACUUUUUGAACUUUUUCUAAUGAAAUCAGUGGUGAUUGCAAAAAUGGUUCACCUUGAUGUAAAAUCUAGGUUAUUACAUUAAAUAAUAGAAAGAUAUCAACAUCAGAAAUUAAAUUACUGUAUGCAACAGUAAUCUCAAUGAUACAAUUUAUUAUGACAUAUUUUCAAGGUCAAACAUAGGAGAUCGGGUGAGCAACUUGUGACCAACAUGGCUCUCAUGUUCUUAAAAAAUAGUGGUUUAAUGGUGCUUUUCUUUUGAUAUGCAUGUAAAGAUGGGAAACAGACAGUAGGUAGAAAUGAACGUUUAAUACAAUGGAGGAAUACUGGGUAUAUGAACUGACGAGGUAUUGAACAAAUUAUGUACAGAUUCCCUUGUAAAUCUCUAAAAGAAUCUCUGUUGCUCAUCUUAAUGUAAGAAUAAUUCAUGUACAGAUUAAUUAGGAGAAUACUUUGUGUACAGUUUAAAAAUUUAUAUUUUUGUUCAGCUUUGGAUCUCGAUCACCGAGGCUGCCUCAAACAUUCCUGUUUUAAAAUCUUACCAUCCAUUAUCACAGAACCAUUUAGAAUCUGUAAACAUGAGGUCUGAUGUGUUCUUUGAAUGUUAAAGGGUAAAUUUCUUGAAGCCGAAAUGUUGAUAGUUUGUGUGUUCAAUUUGUUGUAGGCAUAGAACCUUGCUAACACCUGUAUUUAUGAUACUAACAAGAAAUAUAAUACCCUGGGUAUUAUUCAAUGUGCCUUGAUUAUUUUUUGUGCUGAAACACAGUAUUGUAGAUUUAGAGAAAUCAUUUUGUUUGAUAUAUAUUUUUGUUCAAUACAAGUUUAUUCAAUUUAUAUACGUUACUCUUUAAGGUAACAUAGUUUAUGUAAAUUACUCUAAAAGUUUAUCAACACAAAGUUUGUCAACAAGGAGUUAUCAACAUGACUGGUUAGCUGAAUAGGUGGAACACAGUUUAUUUGACUUCAAUUCAGAAAGUCAUCAGUAUAGGGUGAGGCAAAUGUUUUUCAAAGUGAUAUUAAGGCGUAUGUUCUCAUCAAUGACAACGAUGCGAUGCGUAUAAUCUGCAUGGCAAGGACAGUGUGUACAAUCUCUGUGAUGAUAAUGUGGUGUUUGGUCUCUGUGAGUUCCAACUAUUCAUAUGAUCUUGUUACAACAUGGUUCAUGGUUCUUGUUACAACAUGGUUCAACCCACCCGCUUAGCUCAGUAGGGAGAGCGUUGGUCUACAGAUCGCUGGGUCGCGAGUUCGAUCCCCGGGUGGGGCAAAUGAUCUCCAUUACGACUUGAUAAAAGACAUUUUGUCUGAAAUCAUUCGUCCUCCACCUCUGAUAAUUCAUGUGGGGAAGUUGGCAGUUACUUGUGGAGAACAGGUUUGUACUGGUACAGAAUCCAGGCACAUUGGUUAGGCUAACUGCCCGCCGUUACAUGACAGAAAUACUGUUGAAAAACGGCGUUGAACCCAAAACAGACAAAAUACAACAUGGUUCUUCCCGCACUUGUAAAAGCAGAUAUUUGUCUUAUAACCGGGAGACAUAAGUCCAAGAAAAAAAGGAAAUAUCUUGUUCCAAAGUGUUUCAUGCUGGCUUUUUCUUUGCCAUGAAUCACUUUGAUCCUUGUUUUACAGAGGCAGCUAAUUCUUAUUAUGUUUUAGUUAUGAUCCAGAUUACCAAACUAGGCUUAGAGCUACUGAAACAAAGAUCAGCUAAAAUACAAUGUCAAACAGGUAACUGCUAUUAAGAGUUAAGUCUGUUUACCUGAUGUGUUAUAUGCUCACUUUUUUUUUUACAUCCUGCCAUAUUUUACAUAUUCUUGCCUUUUUAUUGGUUCAAUACCACCUUCUCGUGUACUAACAUUUUAGUUCAUCAUUGGGAUUAAAAUUAAGAAUAUUUUCAUUGUAAGGCUAUCUCAGAUUUAAUUAUAUGUGAUCUAAACCAUUUACAACUUGUUAGAAGAGAUUUUAGUUUUAACAAAAUGCUGCUAUUUUUAUUUUAGUAUAAUCACAUGCAAUGUAUUCAAACAGAUUCAGUGAGGGAAGACAAGGUAUAUUUUCAAUAUUUUACAAUAUUCUUCAGUGUUGUCAAUAAUUUUGAAAACUUGACAUAACUUGAAAUUUUGGUUAUGCAUUUUGGUGGUGGUGUUGUUGUUUUCUUAAGGAAAAUUGACACUUAGCUACCAUAUUUUUAAGUUGAUGCUUAAAACAUUUUUCACUAUUAAUUCAGUAUGUGAGGAAACCUACUUGUUUUGAAAACUGUGUAAGAAGUACAUUUGUUCUGUCAGUUUUAUAUCUACUGUGAUACUGUUAAAUAUGCUGGGCAUUAAAGCACAGAUAAAUGAAUAGAUCAACUUGAAUUUGCCUCAAAAAACAUGUGUUUGCAUGGACAAACCUGUAACUGCCAAUAAAGUGAGGCAAAUGUUUGACAAGUUCAGAAAUUACAAGGUUGAUACUUGGACAAGUCACAUGGUUUUGAUAAAAUCAUUAUAACUACUUUUUAGAAAGAUACGAUUCCUAUACAUGUACAUCAGUCAUUUUCCACCAGUGUUGCAUUUGGGAAAUUACCAGUUAGUUGAAAGGAACAAGCAAUUAUUGCUUUAAAAUUAAUGGGGACACUAUAAUUGCAGAAUUUUGUGUGUGUAUAUAUAUACCAAAGCAGAUGUUAAGUUGGUACUAUUCAAUGAGAUUUUUUCCAACAUCUAUUAACACCUUGAAGAAGUUAGUUCAUUUAUUUUAAAUAGCAAAUAAAAGUAAGAAAUCCUUACCUUAAAAUUACUUUUCAUGAAUGUCUUGUGAUACAUGAAUGAUGUGAUAUUUUAUUGUUAAUUGUUCUGUCAUUUUGUUGUUGUAGUCACAACUAGCUCAAGGAAGUUCUUUUGUCCAGGUUGUGUAUAUUGUUUUUUAUUGUUUGUAUGGAACCAAAUAUUUUAUUUCUGUUAAAGACAGAGCUAGUGAUAUAAUGAAAUAAACCAUGCUUGAUUUGUCCUAUUUCAUUCAGUUAACAGAAACAUGUUUUGUCCAUUUUUCUUAAACAUUUAAGUAUACUUUCAGCCAUUUUUAUUUAGCUUUCUUUUGUAUUAUAUUUGAAAACUUGGAAGAAGAAACUUCGAAGUACAAUUUAUUAAUGAAAAUUACUGUAAAUCAGCUGUAUGUAAGCAUUCAUGUGUAAACAAUUGGGGAAACUUCCCGUUUGUGAAAUCAAUUGAUGGGUUUUCCCUAUCUCUACUUACUACUGUCUACUGUUUAUGCACUGGGCCUUUUGAAUGAAACCAGUUGAAAAAGGAUGAUUUUACCUCCCAAAUGGGAAGCAACUUUACUAUAUUUAUCCUGUCACUUGCAGUAUUU